AUGACAACCGGACACCUUACGAUUCGCAACCUCACUUCCACUCCUAUCACCCUGAAGCGAAUUGAGCGCUUCCACGCGCCCGGGAGGUCCUUCGAUUGCGUAUAUACAUUUGUCAAGAACUUUGGGCGGGUUUUUACGAAUGUAACCCGUGCCACCACGCCUGUCGCUGCAAUAGACGAGGAUACCCAGCCGUUUGCCGAGCAAGAUGUUGAUAUUGGUGUUACAUCCUUCGAGACAAUCGAGACAGAGCUUAGACCCUUCAUUGAUUCGGAGAAGGAACGGAUCCGCUGGACUUUUGAGGUAGAGGGGGAAGAGCAUCAAAUUCAGACCCCAGUCCCUACCACGGAAUCUGCCACUAUGAAAGCGCUUUGCAACAAUCCCAAGUUCAAUCUCACAGGGAUCUACGUCACAGCGGCCUGCCACCUCACUAUCUACUCCUCCGCUAAUCUCAAUGCCUGGAUGCGCGAGUUGAACGACGACACGGUACUCUCAUCUAUCUCAAUCCCAGGCACACAUAAUUCCCCAACGUACCACACUGCCGCGCCGUCCGUUCGUUGUCAAGCAGUCAGCCCGCGAGAACAGCUCAGGAACGGCGUCAGAUUCUUCGAUAUCCGGGUGCAGCCUCAACAUCCAACAGAACCGUCGAAAGAUGGAUUAAUCCUGGUUCACGGCGUUUUCCCCGUCUCCCUGACGGGGAAUAAAUACCUCCGUGACUUGAUGAGCGAAGUCAAUGAAUUUCUCGAGCACAACCCAUCAGAAACGCUUAUAAUGUCCCUCAAACGGGAGGGACCAGGAAACCACACUGAUGAGCAGCUGAGUCGGAUCAUCAACGACCACUACGCAUGUCCGGGCAGUAGGUGGUACACGAAACCCGAAAUCCCCACUCUAGGCGAAGUGCGUGGGAAAGUCGUGCUUGUCCGCCGCUUUAACAUCUUGGAGAACCUCAAGGAGAUGCAUGAAGGAAAAGGCUGGGGCAUUGAUGCUAGCGGCUGGGCGGACAACUGCUCCAAUGCUACAUGUCCCAGCGGGCUGCUUUGUAUUCAAGAUUUCUACGAGAUCUUGAAGACACAAAUCAUUGACCAGAAGCUCGAGUAUGUGAGGGAGCACUGUGAACGCGCUGGCAAUACCCAGUACCCAUUUGGUGUACCUUCGGGUCUCCCAGCUAUGCAGGUGUAUCCGUUAUACAUCAACUUCUUGAGUGGAAGCAAUUUCUGGAAAACCGGAACUUGGCCUGAGAAGAUCGCUUCCAGGCUGAACCCCGCCAUUGUUGAGUAUCUUUGCAGAAAGCAUGCGGAUGGUGAUGGUGAUUGGUCCACUGGUAUUCUUGUCACUGACUGGGUUGGCUUGGAUGGAGAUUGGGAUCUUGUACGGUGCAUUGUAGGUAUGAAUGCCCGACUGUCGCAAAGGCAGUUGCAGUAUAAACUACAUGAGGGCAGUAAUUAG